AUGGGAAAGACUAAAUACGUGGUCGUGACUGGAGGUGUCGUGAGCGGAUUGGGGAAGGGAGUUACAGCAAGCAGCAUCGGUGUUGUGGAUCUGGAUUUGGGAAACUACGAGAGAUUCCUCGACAUCACGCUCACGCGAGAUAACAACAUCACGACUGGCAAGAUCUAUCAGUCUGUAAUUGAACGGGAGAGGCGUGGUGACUACCUCGGCAAAACAGUCCAGGUGGUACCGCACAUAACUACGGCCAUUCAGGACUGGAUAGAGCGCGUGGCGCAGGUACCUGUGGACGGCAGUGGGGAGAGUGCUGACGUCUGUGUCAUCGAGCUGGGCGGCACUAUUGGUGACAUCGAAUCUAUGCCCUUCGUUGAAGCUCUUCGUCAGUUUCAGUUCAGAGUCGGAGAACCUGUGUCUGGCGCACGUGAGUCUGGUGCCAGUGCUGGGAGUGGUGGUGGGAGGUUUAAUCAGCUCCCAUUUCCUACUUUCUCUUCUCCCCCACCUCCUUGCAUUCGCUGUGCAGGGCAGGAGAACCUGUGUCUGGUGCACGUGAGUCUGAUGCGGGUGCUGGGAGUGGUGGGCUUGGCCAACCAUCACAACAAUCUUCUUCCUUCUUCCUCCAUUGCUUCCAUCACAACAAGUCUUCUUCCUUCUUCCUCCAUUGCUUCCAUCACAACAAGUCUUCUUCCUUCUUCCUCCAUUGCUUCCAUCACAACAAGUCUUCUUCCUUCUUCCUCCAUUGCUUCCAUCACUCUCUACCUCCGUGCAGGGCAGGAGAACCUGUGUCUGGUGCAUGUCAGUCUGGUGCCGGUGCUGGGAGUGGUGGGAGAGCAGAAGACCAAGCCCACGCAGCACAGUGUGCGCGAGCUCAGAGCGCUCGGCCUCAUGCCCAACCUCCUCGCCUGCCGCAGCGCUGAGCCCCUAGAACCCUCCACGCGAGAGAAGCUGUCGCAGUUCUGCCACGUGCCUGUGAGUGCCUGCAGGGGGAUGGGGGUUCUGCCACGUGCCUGGGUGUUGGGGGAGGGGUUGGGUCUCACGGCACCUCUUGGGGCUGGGAAAGGGAAAGGGGAGAAGGGGUGGAGGGUUGUUGGGAAAUACGUUCCGCACCACGUGGUGCACUCUCAUGGGAGGCUUCGUUUCUUUGUCAUGCUCUCGCUCUCGCAUGCCCUCAUGCCCGAAUGCCUCUCGCUCGCCCACCCGCCUAUGGAUGAACGCAGGAGCAAGGCGCCCAUCUGUCCAUUCUCAAGCAGUUCCAAAUCGAGUACGUUCCCUGCCCUCUCACUGACCGAAAGUCUCCAGGAAUGGGCGCACCGAGCCAAGAGCUGGGACGAACUCACAGAGACAGUGAGUGCGGAGUUUGCUGGUGGUGUGAACAUUGGUGAGCAUCGCCACAUGGGAACCUUCCCAUCCUCCCUCUUCUCUCACCUUUCCACCCCCCACCUCCUCGGCCGCCCAUGUGUGCCAUGCUAUGCCAUGCCACCAGGUGAGCAUUGCCAUGGAGGGCAAGUACACAGGCCUCAACCCCUAACCCUCCCUCUCUUGUCUCGCACCUCUCAACCCCCCCCGUGCCCUCUCUCCCUCACCUCUCCACCCCUCUGUGUGGCCCAUGCCACCAGCAUUGCCAUGGUGGGCAAAUACACGGGCCUCUCCGAUUCCUACCUCUCAGUGCUCAAGGCGCUACAGCAUGCAGCCAUGGCAAGUGGGCGAAAGCUCAUCAUCGAAUGGGUGGCAUCAUCUGACCUCGAGAAUGCUGCCAAGCAAGAGAGUCCAGACCUGUAUAAUGAAGCCUGGGCAGCCUUGAAGAGAGCGGAUGGGGUGUUGGUGCCGGGUGGCUUUGGAGACAGAGGCGUGGAGGGCAAGAUCCUUGCAGCAAACUACGCCCGAACCAACCGCGUGCCGUACCUGGGGAUUUGCCUCGGCAUGCAGAUCGCCGUCAUUGAGUACGCCCGGAAUGUGUUGGGCCAUGCGAAGGCGAGCAGCACGGAGUUCGACCCAGCAUCACCGCACCCGUGCAUCGUCUUCAUGCCUGAGGUAUCCAAGACGCACAUGGGCGCCACCAUGCGCCUGGGCGCGCGAGACACAGUCCUCCACUCGCCCACCUGCCUCGCUGCCAAGCUGUACGGCACUCACAGCAGUGUGAGUGAGCGGCACCGGCACCGCUACGAGGUCAACCCCGACAUGAUUGACGAGUUUGAAGCUGCGGGACUGAAAUUUGUUGGCCGCGACGAGUCCGGGCGCCGCAUGGAGGUGAGCAGUGCUCCUGGCAUGCAGGAGGAUACAACCGUUGUCUACAUUCCACACAUUAAAUACCAUUUCAACCGCCUUACACCGCUCUCUGCUUCCUGCCUUCCUCCCCUGCUCGUCUCCUCCACUCUCAACCGUCAGAUCCUGGAGAUCCCAUCGCAUCCGUACUUCCUGGCCGUCCAAUACCAUCCAGAGUUCAAGUCCAGGCCAGGGCGGCCGUCCCCUGUCUUCCAAGGUAUGCCCUCUCAUGCUCUUUUUCUCGGCCCUCUAGGCUCCCAUCCAUUUAUCUUGCCUUCCAAGGUAUGCCCUCUUAUCCUCUUCGUCCCAAUUCUUUAA